CAAGGGUAUAUUGUUUUGAACAUUCGUUUUGUAACCGACUCUAUAUAGGGGGACCUUGUGCAUCAAUAUCAUUGCUCAUCCAUUAGUCGCUCUUGGUUGGACAUUUUUUUUUUUUGUAUUUGAUCGUAGUAUUUUAUAUUUAUAUUCCGGCCACGGAGCCCGACUUCUACUAUAUAAAUACUCGCGAUAAAUUCCGCCAAGGCCACAUAUCCACGGUUCGUCGUUCAAAACUUCCACUUCUCCAUUCCGCUCACCUGCUUUGCGACUCUGAUACGCGUUAUCGCAAAUCCAUCAGCCAACCAUGCCCACUGGUGAUAAGAAAUCUCGCAAGAAGUUUAAGCGGGUGAGUUCGCUGAGUUUAACCCAUCCACCCAGCUCCAACGGCUCAAUCGCUACGCCCACAUCUUCCCGUCCGUCCCCAACUGAGCGAGGUCCGACCACGUCCAGGGCUCACGCACCACAUGCCUUUGAGGCCUUGUUGCUCCCCUCGGUCGUCCCUCGCACGGUUCCGAGCACUAUGGCCCAAUCGGCCGCCAGUUCCGCACGGUCUAAGUUUGCCUUGGCUGCAAGCAGACUGACACGCUUCGACCAGAAGCUCAGCGCUCCAGAUGCUAGCACACCAACCCGCUCGCUCUCCCAAGUCCAUCGAGAUCAACUCCGAAGCCUGUGGGCGAAGGUGGACGCGGAGUUCGAGGCCUGUGUGGAGGCGAUAACGGAAGUAGAUCCAGAGGGGGUAGCUGACGUCCAGGGGAUGUACGAUGACUGCUACGCGGUCUACGCGCAAUGCCUUGCCGAACUGAACGAUCAGCUCGAACCCCCGACUGUCCCUCACACGCCUCAACUGGCCGUUCAAGUGCCGACGUCCGGCGGUUGCCGUCUUCCUCCAUGUGACACUGAAGUUUUCAGUGGGGACUAUCAGCAGUGGCCCACGUUCCGAGACCUGUUCACCGCCAUAUAUAUAGAGAACCAUAGGUUGGCUCCAGUAGAAAAACUGUUCCACCUCAACAAAAAAACAAGCGGUGAGGCCCACGACAUAGUGGCACAGGCUCCACUCACGAACGAAGGGUUCGCGUCCGCAUGGAGCGCCCUCCGUGAGCGUUUCCAGAACAAGAGGCUGAUACUCAAAGCCCAGCUGAAGAUCCUUUUCAGUCUGCCCCAAAUCCGCACCGAGUCAGCUGCAGCGCUAAAAGAGCUUCAGAGGGCCGUCCACAAGUGCCUUACGACACUCAACCACUCCGAAGUCUCCACAGACAGCAUUUUCGCUGACGGAGUGUUAGUGUACCUCAUAUCCGCGAAGUUGCCGAAAACGACUUUGGAGCUUUGGGAGCAGUCCGUGACCCACAAGUCCGAAAUUCCCACCUGGCACGCUAUGGACAAGUUCCUGGCGGAGCGGUACCUGUCUCUCGAGGUGACCGAGGACGGCCAUCCAGGCAUGGAGACUCAGGCUCACUCCAGGGCGAGUCUACCCAUGUCAGAGAGGUCAAAGGGCAAUCCCAACCCUUUCCGUUCCCAAGAGAGCCCUGUUGCAAGGCGGGUUCACUCUUUCGGAACAACUGUGGAUCCGAAGCGGAGAGCGUGUGAUCUUUGCUCCAAAGAGAACCAUCCGAUCCGGGUGUGCCCUCAAUUCCUUCAGAUGAGACCUGAUGCUCGCUCCAGCUAUAUUAAGCAAAAAAUGCUUUGCUUAAACUGUUUCGCAAGAGGGCACCAGAUUCGUGAAUGCCAAAGCGCCCACAACUGCAACACGUGUGGAGACCGGCAUCAUACGCUGCUGCACCGUGGCACUCCAGUUUCCAGCCAAUCCGCGCCCAAUUCCGUACCACUUCCGACUCCUGCCGAAGCUCAGCCUAGCGUUCAGAACUAUUUCGCCUCCGGCAAGAGGGCGGUACUCCUAGGCACGGCUAUUAUUAAUAUUUGCCACUUGGGGACAAAUUUUCGCGCCCGCGCUCUAAUCGACCCGGGCUCCGAGGCGACGUUCAUUACGGAACGUCUCUUCCAGAUCAUUAAGUUGCCAUUCCGACUCGCCCAGGCACAGGUCUCGGGCCUCAAUCAGACAAUAUCCGCUCAGUCCAAGAAACUCUGCCAUUUUUCCAUCCGUUCCCCGACUAAGCCGGGCUUACAAUUGGACGCCACAGCCUAUGUCCUGCCGGAACUAUCAGGCAGCCUUCCCUCCCAUCCGAUCCCGCAACACUCGUUGCGAGACUUGCCAAACCUGCCAUGGGCAGACCCGACAUUUUACGAAAGCUCACAAAUAGAUGUCCUGAUUGGUGCCGACAUCCUUCCAUCCAUCCUCUUGAGCGGCUCACAGACGAACAUCUGUGGAUCUCUCCUCGGACAGGAAACCAUUUUCGGGUGGGUUCUUACAGGCCCAGUGCCAAACACGGUACAAGGCCGGGUCGCAUCCUUCUCCACGCAAAUUUCCACCGAGCUAGAGACUCCGUUGGACAAGCUCCUCACAAAGUUUUGGGAGGUGGAGGACAUUCCUACUAAAAUAGAAAGCGAAUCGGAUUCGUACUGCGAAAGAAAUUUCCUCCGAACUACGUCAAGAACGCCAAGCGGGAAAUACGUCGUCACGUUACCGUUUCGCGACCCAGAUCAUCCCGGAUCAGAUCUGGGGUAUUCAAGGGCAGCCGCGCUGGCCCAGUUCCUAAGAAACGAAAAUCGCUUGAAAAGAAACGGUCCCCUACAAGAGCAGUACGACACCGUAAUCCAAGAAUACCUAGAGCUUGAACAUAUGACAGAAGUUCCUCCGACUCAUGGGUCCUCAACCUACUACCUUCCGCACCACGCUGUCUUCAAGCCUGAGAGCACUACCACGAAGGUCCGCGUGGUAUUUAACGCAUCCAGCCCGUCGACCAACGGUGUGAGUUUGAAUGAUCUUCUGCACGCCGGCCCGGUCCUCCAAUCUGACUUGACCCUCCAGAUCCUGAAGUGGCGCUAUUUCCGGUACGUUUUCCACGCGGACAUCACCAAGAUGUAUCGCCAAAUUUGGGUUGACCCGAAACACACCCCUUUCCAGCGAAUAUUAUUUCGAAACAAGGAGGGACUCAUCCGCGACUAUGAACUUAAGACCGUAACCUUCGGAGUCAAUUGCGCUCCUUUUCUUGCCAUCCGAGUGUUGCAACAGCUAGCAAGCGACGUCCAGUCCAGAUUUCCGAAAGCAAGUCGCAUUAUCCAAUCAUUCAUGUAUGUCGACGAUGUCCUAGCCGGAGCGGAUUCUACCGAUGAGGCUCGACUAACGAUCCGCGAGUUGCAGGCCGCACUUAGCUCUGCAGGUUUUCCGCUGCGGAAGUGGACUUCAAACCACAAAGCUAUUCUGGCAGGAAUUCCGAGUGCUCAUCGUCUCCACACAGAUUUUCUGGAGAUGGAGGAAGAGAGCACGGCUAAGACUCUCGGGAUUCGCUGGAAAGCGACUUCAGACGAGUUUUUUUUUGUCCCUCCCGAGUUGGCGCCUGAGUCGUCAUACACCAAGCGAGCAGUUCUGUCCCAGAUCGCAAGGCUGUUCGACCCCGCGGGGUGGUUGGCCCCAUUCAUUGUUCGGUCCAAGAUCUUCAUGCAAGAAAUCUGGUUGCAGGACCUGGGAUGGGACGAUGAGCUUCCAAGCGAGAUGCGCCAGCGCUGGCAAAGUUUCCUGCGGAGCUACUCCGCUCUCGACCAAAUCCAUAUUCCAAGAUGGGUCGGCUCCCGGCCAGCAGUAAAAGUCGAACAUCAUGGGUUCUGCGAUGCAUCCGAGAGGGCUUACGGUGCCGCCAUCUACGUCCGCAUUGAGGUUGACCGUUUGGUCGAGGUGCAGCUUCUCACAGCGAAAACGCGAGUCGCACCCGUGAAAACCGUGUCGCUCCCCCGGUUAGAGCUUUGCGGGGCAGUGCUUUUGUCCGAAAUGGCGGCGGCUAUCCUGCCGAAUAUGCCAACAGCAAGUACGAGCUGCUAUUGCUGGACCGAUUCCACCAUAGUCCUCGCCUGGCUGGCAAAGCCCGCGUGUCACUGGACCACGUUCGUGGCCAACCGAGUGACUAGGAUAUCUCAAGCGACCGAUAUUGAGAAGUGGUGCCACGUUCCAUCCGAACAGAACCCCGCGGACUUAGCCAGCAGAGGCGUGCCGUUACAGGAGUUGGUGGAGAACCAACUCUGGUGGCACGGACCAACUUGGCUGCAGAAGGGCCGAGAUCAAUGGCCGGCACCAGUUAAUAACUCCCCCGUUAUGACCUUAGAGCAGCGAACUGUAAAAGCCCAUUUCGCACUCAACCCAGCCGAAGACUUCCUCGAACGAUUCUCCAAUCUGGAGAGAGCUCUACGAGUCCGUGCAUAUAUCCUGCGCUUCACCAAGCGCUGCCGGAAGUUAGCCACCGCGCAAAAGGGCCAUCUUACGAGCGGCGAAAUUACCGAAGCUGAAAAAACUCUUAUCCUAGAGACGCAGCGUAGAGAAUACCCCGAGGAGUACCGCUGCCUAAGCGGUAAGCGGCCAACGCCAAGGUCAAGUUCUAUCCUGAACAUGAACCCUUUCCUAGACCGCCAUGGGUUGAUCAGAGCAUGCGGCCGUGUCGCAGGCUCUGAAGUGCUAAGAUACGACGAACGACAUCCGAUCAUUCUCCCAUAUAAUUGUCAAUUGUCUCGCCUUCUCGCGCAAUUUACACACCGGAUAACUCUUCAUGGCGGCAACCAAUUGAUGGUGCGCCUCAUUCGAUCAAAGUAUUGGAUUCCAAAGGUUCAAAGGCUUAUGAAGGGGGUUGUGAACUCCUGCAAGGUCUGCGUUAUUCACAAAAGAAGGUUGCAAACCCAAAUGAUGGGAGAUCUCCCAACCGAGCGGUCGUCCUUUUCCAGACCGUUUACGCAUACAGGGAUUGAUUACGCGGGUCCUUUCGAAAUACGGAACUAUACAGGGAGAGCAUGUCUGAUCACGAAGGGGUAUGUGUGCGUAUUCGUGUGUUUUUCCACAAAGGCGAUACAUUUAGAACCCACGUCCGACCUCACCACCGAAAAAUUUCUCGCCGCCUUCGCUCGUUUCGUCGCAAGGCGCGUAUGUCCACAGCGUAUCCAUUCAGAUAAUGGAAAAACUUUCGUUGGUGCAGCAACCCUGCUUUCCAGUGACUUCCUUGACGCGUUUAAGGACUCGGUGACUGAUGCGUAUAGCCAUCAGCGGGUUUCGUGGCGCUUCAUCCCACCAGGAGCUCCACAUAUGGGAGGCCUAUGGGAAGCCGGAGUGAAGAGUUUCAAAACUCUCUUCUACAAGGCCACGUCCACUCGGAGGUAUACGUUUGAAGAGCUUUCUACGCUGCUCGCGAAGAUUGAAGCGUGCCUCAAUUCCAGGCCGCUCUCACCGAUGUCCGAUGAUCCGACGGAGCUGCUAGCCCUCACUCCCGGGCACUUCCUUAUUGGGGGGCCCUUAAUGAGUACGGCCGAGCCCGAAAUAAAGGGGAACCUUAAUUCGAUCAUCAAUCGGUGGCAGCAUUUGAAGGCCCUCAACCAACAGUUCUGUCAAAGGUGGAAGGAGGAAUACCUCAAGGAGCUCCACAAACGGACUAAGUGGCAGACGCCGACGCCAAAUCUGCAGGUUGGCGAUAUGGUAGUCAUCAAGGAGGAUAACCUGCCGUCCAACGAAUGGCGGCUCGGAAGGAUAACUUCCGUGUAUCCCGGUGCCGACGACAGGGUCCGUGUGGUGGAUAUCCUUACUGCCCGCGGUACCCUCAAAAGACCGAUUGUCAAGGUCGUUCUCCUGCCAGUAGAACCCCGUAGUUCCAUCCAACAAUAACUUCCAUCCUCAUCCAGACAUGGCCCCACGGAUCCGCGCCAGCCGCACCACGGAGAGCCGGCGUGAUCGAGGGAUCAACACGUACCGUUGCCGGGUCUGCCGAGGAAUUCAUCCGCUACGGACCUGUCACCAUUUCCUUCGCCUGAGCCCUGAGAAGAGACUCCGAGCUGUCCUCAUUAACAAAUAUUGCGGGAACUGCCUGGCCCACCAACACUCCGGCCAGGAUUGUCGCAGUGGCGGGCUGUGCCGGGUGUGUGGAAAAAACCACCACACUCUACUCCACAUACCCUCGUCGCGUCGUCCAGUCCGCUCGGCCUCAGGAGCAUCGUCGCCAUCUACAGCGCCCCACGUCAAACGCCGACCUCGGCGUCCAGCCCGCUCAGCCUCGGCUGCAUCGUCGCCAUCCACGUCGGCCCACGCCGACCGCCGCCCGCGUCUCCCCGUGAGCCGCCCCGUGGCAGGGCCCCCGGCACCAUCCGUCGACUCACUUCUACAACAUCGAAGCCUCAUCCUACUCCCGACGGCGCUGGUGGUCUUGGAUACGGGUUCCAAAAACUUCGAGACGGCGGCGCUCAUCGACCCAUGCACGCCGGUGAGCUGUAUUGACGACUCCUUGGCCAGCGCCUUCAAGUUGCCCACCACUUGUGUGGGGGACGAGAAAGUGUGUACGGCGGUGAUCCGCGCCAAAAUGGGCGACUUCCAGUUGGAGACGAUGCUCAAGGUCGAGCCCCGUGUGCGCAUCCGCACGCCUAUCCGACAGCUGAGCGAUUCCGUGCGGGCGCGUUUCGGUGACCUGAGGCUUGCCGAUGAACAAUUCCAUCGACCGGCGACAAUCUCGCUCAUCUUGGGAGCAGAUGUCUACCCGAAGGUGAUCCAGCCCGGGUUCCUUGCGCGUGAGGACGGCCUGCCGGUGGCCCAGAGCACCGUUUUUGGAUGGAUCGUGUCGGGGGCGUGCACCCAGCCAUAGGCCACCCCAUUAUACUUUGCAAUCCUGCAAGGGGGGGGGAGGAUGUUCAGGCCAGCAAUGGACAGUUUCCGGGCACUGUGUCGGCUCCGCGCGCCUCGGUCCCGGCUCGCGCUCGCGCGCUCGGAGGGGCGCUCGGAUCCACAAUCCACGAUCCACACGGCGCUCACGGCAGCACAAAGGCAGCAUAAAGCAUAGAGCAUAAGGCAUAGAGAGUUAGUUACGUUUUCACCCCCGCUUCAACCUGUCGACAUACCGCGCGAAUACCGAAUCAAUACAUGAACAAUAUAUAUAUACAUAUACACACAACGAAACCCAUCGGCCUUUCCUUUCUGUGACGACUGCUAGGAGGGUUACUGGAACAUACACCUCGCCGUUGGAUAAUUGAUCCUCGAUCCGCUCCACUAC